GCAGUGUUGUUUUGCGUUGGGCCUCAGAGCGGUGUAUUGAUGUGUGUGACAGAAGAAAGGAGGGAGACAAGCACUGUUUAAAAUUAAAACGCGGAUAGAAAGCGACGGUGGCAAGAUUAUCUACAUGAGGUGCGAAGGCCUCCCUCCAGCCAACAUGAGAGUUUUCUUGAGUUGCAGCACACCUUCCUUCUGUAGCUGAUGAACUUGUCUAAGUACCGGAAAUGGCUGACAGCGUCAGAACCUUCCUGCGUGAUGUUGCAACAGGAAUAAAGGACUCCAUUUUAGGGAUUGGCACAAUCUACAGGUUAGAUGCAAGGAUCCAGCAGAAACGAUCAGAGCAAAGACGUAGGAGGAUCAGUGGCGCUUUGGCACAGAGAAGGGCACAGAGUGAGGAGCACAAACGGGAGACUGAACCCCGUCUGGCCAGUAGAAUCCUGCAGUGUUGUGCCUGGAAUGGCGGCGUGUUCUGGCUAAGUCUGUAUCUCUUCUACCGAGUAUUUAUUCCCCUUCUCCAAACCAUCACAGCAAGAAUAAUUGGGGAUCCUUCUCUCCAUGGUGAUGUAUGGUCCUGGUUAGAGUUCAUCUUGACUUCAGUUUUCAGUGCCCUCUGGGUGUUGCCCCUUUUUGUUCUUAGCAAAAUUGUUAAUGCCAUAUGGUUUCAGGACAUUGCAGAUCUUGCUUUUGAAGUGUCAGGACGAAAGAUUCAGCCUUUUCCAAGUGUUAGUAAAAUCAUAGCAGACAUGCUUUUCAACCUGUUGCUUCAGGCCCUCUUCCUCAUUCAGGGAAUGAUAGUCUGUCUCUUCCCUAUUGAUGUCAUUGGUCAGCUGAUCAGCCUUCUUCAUAUGUCUCUACUUUAUUCACUCUACUGCUUUGAGUACCGUUGGUUUAAUCACGGCAUUGAGAUGCAUCAGCGGCUCUCCAAUAUUGAACGAAACUGGCCCUAUUACUUUGGCUUUGGGCUUCCAAUGGCUCUACUAACUGCCUUGCCUUCUUCCUAUAUCAUUAGUGGUUGUCUGUUCUCGAUCCUUUUUCCUCUCUUCAUUAUUAGUGCUAAUGAGGCCAAAACUCCAGUGAAACUCUACCACUUUCCGUUACGCCUCUUCUCUCUGGUUGUGCUGAUUAGCAACAAACUGUUCAACAAGACUGUACACCUUCAGUCGUCCCUGACCACCUCGGCCUCCACGGAGAGGCUGUCUUCUCCCCAUUCAUCUCCAGCUCGACAUCGCCCCCUUGCUGCACAGUGAGCUCCACCAUAGGACAUUAAGGGAACAAUACAGUUCAGGCUGCUCUCCACAACUUAUGAGACAGUGCAAGACACUUGAUUCCUCUUUAAGGGUGGUCAAAUGCCAGAUUCUGGCAGCCAUUAACCACCUGAAGGUUGCACAUGUCUGUUAGUGGACAGUACAUAAAAAAUGAAUGCAAAAGAAAAAUAAACUCUGUAGGUUUUAUAUGAAGAUUUAUUUAAGGUUGGGGGAGUGGCAUAUUUUGAUUUUUUUCAGAAAUUUGAUGCUUCUAUGUGAUUUAACACUGAAAAAAUAUUGUUUUUAUGUGAACAAUGUUUUAUAGACUUUGUGACUGCCUUGUGCCUGAGACUUGUAACUUUAUUUUUGUAUAGAAGCUGUGCCAUUUGCCCAUAUUAAAAGAAACUCAUUUCUUUUGACCAUCAAUAUCCAUCCCCCUUCCGCAUGUCUUUCCAGGCCUACCUAUGAUUUGCUAUUUUUGUUUGUUUGGAUUCUGUUUUCUUGAGAGACAACUUUGGCUACAAGUUAAUGAUGUGGUCAGACCUUUGAAGGCAUGUCUUACCUCAACAACAAAAAAAAAAACUACUUGUGACAAAAGGACCCAAACCAAGCUUUACACCUGAGUAUAGGUAUAAGCAAAACACAAGGUGUGAUGCCAGAAGUGGAACUGCCAGGUUUUUUUAAAGUUUUUGAAAAAGGGACACACGCAUAAGAAAAAUGUGUCAUUUAAUCAGGAUUACCAUAUCACUACAACAUGCAUCAUACUAUUUUGUUAAAAGGCGAAAUUUGAUUUGUUCUGGAUUUGUGCUUUGCUAUUUAGUUGUUUUUUUUUUUUUUGCCUUUUAGCUUCUGAACAGAUCUGCAGUGCUAAUUAAGAAUCACUGAUGAAUUAAUAUUUCCCUUUUAUUUUUACUCUUUUUCAUUAUUGUCUUGUACCUGUGCUCAUUAGACUGCAAUGCCAUGAUAAGGGCAGAAAGAAGGACUGGAAAAAAUGAAGUCCUAUGUCCAGACAGUGGUAAUCUGAUGUAGACAAUAAGAGGUAGGAAAGAGACAAGCAUCCUGUCGCUGUAUGUGAGGGACAGCUUCCUAGUGUAGGCCUGAAAUCUUCUGAAGAUGUUGUGUAUUAAACGUUGAUAGUUGUGUGGAAUGCUCCUACAUACUGUAUGUCUUUUGAAUGGGAUAUCUAAUAUCUAUGUUCCAUGAGAAACGUAACGGCGGGCUUUUUUUUUUUUUUUGUUUUCUUUUCCAAAUGUGGUUUGGACCUCUGCAAUGCACUGACAUAUUGUAGUGAACUGAAAAUGGCACACCUUUCAAAGAGCAGUGUUAACAAACCAGGAGGCCUGGUCACAAUCAAUCUGCUUCCUUUAUCUGAAAAUAAAAUUGAGAGAUUCAGCGGUAUGAAGCUUUCACUUGACAGCUAAUUCCUUGCUUCCAGAUUUUCAUAUGGACACUUUUUGCUCAUGCUUUGUCCUAGACUCUGAUUAUUUGUAUUGAAGUCUUGAUAAGUUGCGUUCAUUUAAUAAAAACAAUCUGAUAAGUAUAUAUGCUAUUAGUCCAUGUUGUCAUUUAAUCAAAAAAUGAAUGCUGGUCAAGUUCAACACAAUAAUGACCCUAUGUAUAAACUCUCCUUUAUUCCAGCUAAAGGAAGCAUAUUUCUUCUUGGUUGUGCAUUUCAGAUCAGGUAAUUUCAGGUGGCCAUUGGUUAUGUAAUAAAUAUAUUUACAGAUUGUGAAAAGUGCACACAAAAGCAGAAUGACAGUGUGCUACUUGAUAAUUGUGACAAUUUGUAAAAGUAUUAUGAAUUUCUGUUAAUAAAUCCCAUUGAUACAUUAAA